UUCGGCUCUCAUGGCUCACAUCACCAUCAAUCAGUAUUUGCAGCAAGUCCAAGAAGCCAUUGACAGCAGAGAUGGACAGUUCUGUGCAGAAUUAGUAUCAUUUAAACAUCCACAUGUUGCAAACCCAAGGCUACAGCUUCCAUCUCCAGAGGAGAAGUGUCAGCAAGUUCUGGAACCACCAUAUGAUGAAAUGUUUGCAGCCCACUUAAGGUGUACUUAUGCUGUUGGAAACCAUGACUUUAUAGAAGCAUACAAAUGCCAAACAGUUAUUGUCCAAUCUUUCCUGCGAGCAUUUCAGGCACAUAAAGAAGAAAAUUGGGCCUUACCUAUUAUGUAUGCUGUAGCCCUUGACCUUCGAAUUUUUGCUAAUAAUGCAGACCAACAGCUGGUGAAGAAAGGGAAGAGCAAAGUUGGUGACAUGCUGGAGAAAGCAGCAGAGCUGCUGAUGAGCUGUUUCCGAGUCUGUGCCAGCGACACUCGAGCAGGCAUUGAAGACUCCAAAAAGUGGGGGAUGUUGUUCCUGGUGAAUCAACUGUUUAAAAUUUACUUUAAGAUCAACAAGCUCCAUCUGUGUAAGCCUUUGAUUAGAGCAAUUGACAGCUCAAACCUGAAGGAUGAAUAUAGCAUGGCACAGCGAGUGACGUACAAAUACUACGUUGGGCGCAAAGCCAUGUUUGACAGUGACUUUAAGCAAG